AAGUUUCAAAACAAUUGAUAUUUUAUAACAUAUGUGUUUUCAGAACAGCAUUUCAGAAAUGACAGUAAAUUCUUCCACCAAAGUAAAACAAUCCUCAGAUUCAGAUGAAAUAGAAAAUAAUCAGAUUUGUGUCGCAUCAGUUAGCGGGAGAAAAAGAUCAUUGACCCCUCACACAGCGGACAUGUUCCCUCAAAUAAAUUCAGCCAAAUCCACUUUGGAUACAUUUUACACAGAAACAGGAGGAGGAUUUUCACUGUUGCAACAUAAGACUUAAGUAAGUUGUCCAUCAACUUAAAGUCCAAGGUUUCACAAACAAUGUUGACAAAACCCAUAUGUGAGGUGUAUUUUGAGUUUGUCACAUUUUUCUGAAAACAGUGCAUCUUUGUGAGGUUGUGUAAUUGUACUUAGGCAGCGCAUAUAUCUGUCAACAGUUGUGAUGGCUCUUCUCUGUCAAGCAGUCACUACAAUUCUGGCCGAACUAAAUUCCACAGCUGCAGGGACACAGAGCAUAAAAAUGCCGUUGUUGUUGCUCUCAACACCUUUUUCAUUGUGAAACAACUGGUCCCAGAUAAGAGAGAAGCUCAGGUAGUUCUGCAACAUGCACGCGGCAAAUAAACAAUCUUAAUCCUGGGACAACAUGAAGUCAUAUUUAUCUCUGUAAGCAGAUACUAAACUUUAAACUGCAGAUCAAAAACUCUCCAUUAAAAGUGUCGCAUUGAAACUACUUUAAUUGUAAGAUCUUUGCUUUAAUUACAAAUGUGUAAAUGCAUACAAUUCUCAGAGUUAAGAAACUGGAAUCAUGAAACAUCUGUUGUGUUUACAUGAAAAACAACUGAAACGACUGAAACUGAGUUACCUAACCAGUACUGAUCAAAUAAGGGACUGUCUUACUCAUCGUUUCAGCUCUAAUAAGGCCCAAGUGGAAGUUUCACUUGUUAAAAAAAGCAACAUCUUUUAAUAAACUUCACAUGUUUAAUACGUUAACGUAAGGAGUAACAAAAAUACUUGCUGACAUUCCAUCAUUGUCGUGUUCAUGUUUUUUAUCUGCUUGUUGGUUUUCAUUGUUAAUAUACAGGAGCUUUGUUAGGGAGCAAAGUGUAUGAGUUUGAAUUUAGUCAUAUGUGAUAAUUAAAGCUGCUUAUCUUGUAAAACUGACCACAGGGGAAUGAAUCAAAUACUGAAUCCAGACUGGAUGAGAGAUAAUACAUGUAAAUAUGAAACUGAGAGUGGGUUUCCACAUGGUUUUCCAUGACAUUGGCUUUGGCAGUGGCCUGACUGAGAGACUCACUCUCUGAUUGCAGAAGCAAAGAAACACUAUUUGUUUGAGGUCUGGUUACUCAUUAACUCCUCGGCCCAAUAAAAAUACCUUUUACAUUGUCCCGAGAAUUUUUCUUUUCUUUAUACACUGACGUAUUUUUCACGAUAUAACAGCGGAGCUCUGUUGAAGGACACUUUACAACUGACCGACCUUCUUAACAGGCAACUUGAGUCUCUCCCUGCUCUGCGUCUCUGGUUUCUAUGAGCAGGGAGUGACUGCAGGUCAUUCAUACGAGGAAUGUGAUCUGCCUGUCAUGAGGAUUGUGUGUCGGCUUCUUCAAGGUAUUUGACAGGAUGAGGAGGUUUAAACGGAUGUGCAUGAAUAACAGUGUUGUUUUCAGAGAGUAGAAUUAAACACAUUCUUCCUUUUUCAUUUUUGCUAUCUAACAUCAACAAUAUCAAUAAUAUAUUGGCCAUAGACACCUCCUGCAGCUUCAGUAUGAACAUGUUCAACACUUUCUAGUGGAAAAUGUAGGAUUCAAACCAUCACCUAAAUAAAAGUAUCACAUAAAAAUGUUCCUACAACAAAAGUCCUGCCAUCAAAAUCGUUGAAUAUAAAAAAAUUAUUGUAUUUAUGUUUUUAUAUAAUUGGAUCAUAAUUACCUCCAUGAUUGAUUUAUGAUUUCACCCCUGUCCGUUUGAUUGUAAGCUAAAUUACACAAAAAGUUACUUAUUAACGAAUGUCCAUGACACAUCUAUGACACUAGCAGAUCUGGAUCAGGGGGCAGAUCCUGGAGUUCCUCUUUCACUCUCUCUAGCAUGGUGGGAUAAGGUGUUAUUUUGACAAUUUUGUUGAUUUCACUUUUGUUAAUUCAUGUAUCUCGAUCUGAGAAGUUUAGGGAACUGAUAUCUAUGAGUGUGUGGAACAGGUGGAGGUAUGUGCUCUGCUCAGUGCCAUGAUGUAAUAAUAUGCAAAAUGUACAUAAAACAACAUUAUAUUUAAUAAAAACGUUUGAUACUUUAAUCUGUAAUAAUUCAUUUUAGUUCACAUAUUUAUGUAGUAACUAUUACUGUUGAAGAAAUAUAUAAAAAAAGAUGUUCCAGACUAGCAGUAUAAAGUAGCAUAAAAUGGAAAUACUAGAGUAAAGUACAAAAAACUCAAGAAUAUAAGAAUAUAAUAUUUAGUUACUUUCCACCACUGUAAAGUAGGAGACCAACCUUUUGAUAAAAGUACAAAAGUCAUAUAUUAAUUGCCUUUGACCAACUAGUAGAAAUACAUUUUGCAGUAAUCAGAAAUAUGCUAAACAGGGAGAUACUGUCCAGCUCCUUCAGUGUGAAGUUCACAGUGAGACGCAGCCCCGCCUCUCCCCCACCCCUGUAGAUAAGAAGUGCUCCACCUGUCUCAGGACCCGCCCUGUGAGCGACCUGGGAGGCAGGUGAAAUGUGGCCCAACAGGUCUGAUGAGAGAGCUGAAUGACACAGGGAGAGUCGUGAGUCAGGCAGAGAGCUCGCUGAGUGACUGACAAGCCUGUCAGCCCAGUGGAUUAGAGGAGCAGUCUGCUUGGAAUCAAGACAAUGACAUUUUUGUGUUUGUUUUGCUGAGUGUGGCUCUGGAUUGUACCUCAGGGUCCUGUGGACUCCCACCACCAAAGCUACACCAACAGCACUCCCAGCACUCCCAGCACUCCCAGCACUUCCAGCACCAGCAGCAGCAGCAGCAGGUUAGACAGAGUGGAAUUUCCCUCCUCUCUCCCCCGGCUGGGACUGGGGGCAUAUGGUCGCUCUCAGACUUUGAGCAGGACACAGGAAGGAGAGUGAGAGGAGAGGAAGGGUGGGAGGAGGGCUGGACAGGGGGAGAGUAAGAGAAGUGAGGAGUGGACAGAACAGGAGACAUGCUUCGCUAUGGUUCAGGACGAACUGUUUCCACCACCACAACAGAGGAAUCUCCGGACUCCGAGAGGAGGAUCACACGUCUCAGGUUGACUCUUCAUGCGGGAGACAAUGGGAGCAACGAGCCAAAAACAACAAACUCAGAAACAGCUCAGAGAGAGAAAGACAUCAGUGGCGCCUGGAAGAAGAAGAAUGGGCUGAUCCAAAGAGGGAGGCCAGCUGGCAGGGAGUCACCUCAGCAGCACCCUGGAGACACGACCAAUGGGGUGCCAGAGUCCUCGACGCAGCAUCAUGGGCCCAAAGUGUACGGCGUGGUGCAGAGGGCGGGCGCGGACAGACAGCAGGAGGUGAUGGCGCGGGAGUGGACGGUCACUCACCUUCACGAUGAGAUGAAGUACAUCAAGGAGGUGAGAGAUUCUCUGGAGAAGGUGAGAGAGAGGAUGUACGGUCAGUUUGGAGGAAUGCAGCAAUCCAUGCAGAAGCUUUCACAGGAAAUCAGGACUGCAAACUCACAUCGCAGGAGUCUGGAGUCAGAGGUGAGGGUCCGGACGGAGGCCAUGGACAGCUUCGAUCAGAUGAACAGCUCCCUCAUAUCGAACAACAUCACCCUGCAGUCUCCUUUGCAGAAAUCUCUUCUGGAGAACUGUCAGAGCAGACUGGACACCAGAGAGGAGGUGAAGAGUUUGCGGAGCAACUGUGAGAAAACACAAGAGAAGCUCAGGGACAAAGAGAGGGAGCUGGCCGCUGCGCAGGUGGAAAACCAGACUCUGAGGCUGCAGGUGGAGUCUUCGCAGGAGGCCAACGUUCAGGCGCUGCAGGAGCUGUCCGAGAAGCUACAGAGGGAGUACGAUGAGAAGCUACUGGAAGAACAACGGAGGCACAGGGAGGAGAUUGAAAACCUACAGGCGCAACUGGAUGAGUACAUCAGGCGACUGGAGGAAGCAGAGAGACAGAUCAGAACUGCAGAGGCCAAGAUCAGUGAGAGGGACCAGAGGAUCAUUGAACUGGAGCGUCUGCUGGACUGUAUGAGCAAGGAAAAGAGUCAACUCAACAAGAAGCUGCAGGAGUGUGAACAGCGCCUUCGCCUGGUGGAGCUGACAGACACAACUGAUUCGACUGUGUCUAAGAGGUCCAAAGAGCUGCAGGACGAAGCAGGGGAUCUCCGAGAGAGAAUCAAACACUUGAACGACAUGGUGUUCUGCCAGCAGAGGAAAGUCAAAGGAAUGAUCGAGGAGGUUCAAACUCUACGAGCUCAAGUCGCCCAGAAGGACAUGUUCAUCUCCGAGCUUCUGGACAGAAUAGCAAUAGUGGAGUGUGAGAAUAAUGAGUUAGAAGACAAGCUGAAGUAUUUUAUGUCCACACAGAAUAGGCCUCUAGAGGCUUUGGAAACCAGGGAGAUCGGAGUAGGCUGCGAUCUGCUCCCCAGACGUGAAGUACAGAGUCAUGACACGCUCCAACCAACUCAUCUCCAUCCCAAUCAACUCCCACCACUCGCUCUGCCGCCGCCAUCAAUGAAACCUCCAUCAGCCACAAAUCCCUUAUCACCCUUCCAACCUCUGUCACCAACACAACCUCUCUCACCCUUCCAACCUCUGUCACCAACACAACCUCUCUCACCCUUCCAACCUCUCUCACCCUUCCAACCUCUCUCACCCACACAACCUCUCUCACCAACACAACCUCUCUCACCAACACAACCUAUGUCACCCUUCCAACCUCUCUCACCCUCACAACCUCUGUCACCAACACAACCUCUUUCACCCACACAGCUUCCACCCCCCCACCAGCCCUCAUCCUCCACACAACCUCUGCCCUCCACGCAACCUUUACCCCCUCCACCUCCCCUUCAGCAUCCAUCGUUCUAUCUGACAAUGCCCUCCCAACCGAGGUCGUUCAGGCCUAGUAAUCCUCCGCCCAGCAGGCUGGAGUCUAGUUUACUGAGGUACACUCCUGUCGAAUACAGCCGCAUGCUGAGUUCCUCCCCCCCGGCGCAGAGUGGGACGCUCCCCUACACCCGUCCAGCUCACCCUGAGACGCCGGUUAGCCCCGGAAGAGACGAGGUGGACACUGCAACGAACACAGACACAAGCUCCAAUCCAGAGGAAUCCACGUCCUCCCAGCCAUCUUCUAGAGCUCGAUCGAAAUCAUCUGGAGUUUAUACACCGUUCAUGAGGCUGAUGGAAAUCACAGCAAAGCUUAAAAUAGAACCAUCUUAAAGCAAUAGUAGUAUUUAUAUAUAUUUUUGGGGAAAACGCGUUACCUCUUGCUUCGCUGAGUAAGAAGAUUGAGACCACUCCCGUUUUUAUAAUACCAAUGAUUCAGUAAAUUAUCUUAGCUUAGCAUUAAUGAUGAGGAAAAGGAAAACAGCUGGAGCUACGUUCUCACUACAGGCUCAACUGGCCUAAAUCACAUUUUUUUGUUCGUAUAUCUUGCAUGUCUGUUAUUCAGGACAGUCUUAUUAAUCGGUUAGUUCAGGAUAGAGGCCAGCUCAAAUUAAAGUCUGAUACUGGCCCCAUUAUUUUUGUCCACAUUUUAGAAAUAACAAGAACUUCUAAAUAAACAAUAAAAUCCGAGAAAUAAAUCCAAACUGAGCACCACGACCUGCAGUGUGAACCUGGCCAGAGUCGAAACUCGAAAGCUGAUUGGAGGCAGUGAAGUGUAAAGUUAUCAGUUAAACAGGAGUUCUCUCUGUUGCCAUUGCUCUCAGCCAAUAAUUAGUCCCCAUCAAACAGUAUUUGUAGGAAUUUUAAAAAAAAAUGUUGAAUUUGGAGAUUUAGACCUGUUUUGGAUACGUCUGGACAGAGAUUUGUCAAAUCGGUACAUUAUGAACAUGUGCAUUAAAUAUGUUUCUGUGGUAAAAACUAAGCAAACUGCAGUUACACAUAUGAACGUGGUACUGAUCCUCUCUUCUAUUCCUCAGCAAAGAAAGAUAAUAAGAGCAGUUUAACUCUUAAAAUGUUAAACUCUUCCCUUGAAGCUGAGUUGGCUUCGGUCUGAUAGUUUUUAAAUGACCUUCUGACCACUGAUCUCACUUUUACCAGUAAGAAGCUGACACAAUAAUGAGUUAUACUGUGUAGAAUAGGAAUCUGGUCAUUGAUGAAAAGUAUAUAUUUUCUAUUACAUUCAGAUCCUCUGUGUGCACAUAGCACUGUUAAUUGUAAUACAUGUUGUAGGGUGUAAAUAAUCGAAUGCUCUGUAAAAAACUUUUUGUAAAUAACAUAUUGAAGGAUUAUAUUUGUUUUGUUUACAGUGAACGUAUAUGAAGGUUAUUUAGUGUAUUAUCCUAUCAUUUUUUAUUGGCUCUGUACAAAAUAAAUGAAUAUUAUUUUGUUACUGUCAACUUAUGUACAUUAUAUUUAUUAACAUGCUUUGUGCCUUUGUGAGCAGCUGUUAUCUGAUACUGGUGGUGGAGAUGAAGCUCAAAAGGGUAAUAUAAUAACAACAAUAAUAACUGUACAUUUAUGUGGUGAUGAUAAAACUGAUGAAUUACUUUCAAAUGUAUUUACCGUAAUGAGGUGACUGCCAUUUCUGAGCCACUGGCACACGUGUUAUCCAGCUGUUGUCUGCACUGCCACGACUGUGAUCAGAAAAUACUUCAUGAUGUGCCUUUACCUUAAUGCUACAUAUCAGAAUGCAACUAAUGAGAUGAGGCCGGCAGAUGGUUGGCUAAUAAAGACUUUACUGUACAGGUA